UAUUGAAAAGCAAAGACAAGAAUGAUCAGAGUAAAAUUGUCUAUCAUUUGCACCCACCUUGAUUUAUUUGUUUGAAAAAGAUCAACAGUGUCCUAAUCCACUAAAAAUUCACUAGGAUAUACAACUCUGAAGAAAUGAAAAUCAGCCGUACAUGGUGUCAGUUCUACUACCAGAAACCCAUUGUGCUGAAAAUGACUACUUUCGUUACCAAGGGCAGAAUGCACAUUGGUAAAUGUAAAAGUGGGAAGCUAUACAAUUUAUAUACCUGAUCUAUUUGUUCCAUUGGACAAGAUCAAGAUCAGAUGUUUCUGACAAAUACACGUCUGCAGUUGCAGAUUCCACUGAAGUAAGGAGUAGUUCUGAAUAUUGAAUGAGGCAGUAUGUGGUCCCUGAAAAUGUUUGUAACAGAGACUGAGAAAGCAAGUUGAGAUGAACUUUGCCAUAUACAACCUCUGCAAACCUGUUCAACAAUUCCAGCCAUUUUAAUGAGCUGCACAGUGUAUGACAGAGCAGCAUACAGCCUUCCAUGAACCACAGAAAAAAUAACAGUGAUUUUACUAGUUAUUUUAAAUUCUGAUUGAAAGUAAAAAUUGAACAAACAUUUGAUUCACUUGAUAGCCUGUACUUUAUUCUGUGAAAUCUUAAGGGCUAAGUACUAACCCAGCCUAGCAAAACUUCCACUGACUUCCCCUCAAUGGGAGUUCUAUCCUUGGAUCUGUAGCAAUAUACUAUUUCCUUUCUUUAUAGCAGAGGGUUAAAAUUCUAGUCCAAGUGAUGGAGCAAGGUAAGUGGACACUGGAGUUUCCAAGAUCUCUAAGCUGCAUUCCUUCAGAGCAAGAUAGACUGAUCAGAUGUCCGAUAUUAUUGAGACCAUCUGGAUAUUAGGGGUUUUAUCGUAUAGAGGACCCUAUUAUCCUGCUACACACCUUUCCUGAUUUUUCAUACUUGCUAUCUGAUCACCCUAGAGCAACCACAAGAUGGUGUAUUGUAUUUUUAGAGGGAAAUGUAAUUGCCAAAUUUUAAUAGAAAUUAUGUGUCAAAAUGUCCACCUCUCUUCUUUCAUUAGUCUUUUCAAAAGCCAACAGUUGGUAUCAUUUCCUUACUGUUUAUAAUACAAACACACAAUUAUGCCAUCUACUUGGAGACAUGUUGUGAAGCAGACCUUUGUUUUCUAUGACAAUCUUGACAAUAAAUGCUCAACCAUUUGCAUUUUAUAAUUGCUUCUCUAAGCGAAUGACCUGCUCCCUGAUUGUAACAUUAUGUUGACACUUAGAGGACAGUGAGUAAGUAAUCUAAGAAAUUGAAGCCAUUUUAAACAAUUACCAGUGUAAUUAUUGUUGAUGUAAUUGUUUCACUGUGUCAUAGUUUUAGCCUCAUUACAUAUCGUUUGUUUUUGUAAAGCUUGAGAGUUUUCAACGUCAUGCUAGAAAAGAGAAUGUUGAUCUUGAAAAAUAGUAAUGUUUAACAUAAUAUAUUGAUUCUUUUGAUAAUUUAUUGAAUUUGUUUCAGUAUUAUCCUUUCAAAAUAUAAUUCUUUGAGAUUGUUUCCAUUUGAUAGCAUCCUCCCCUAGCUUUAGUGCCUACUGGAAAUUAUCAGGUACUAUGAAAUGAGGGAGCUGUGCAUUUAACCUCUUUGGGGGCAAAUCACCCGGGUACUUCUGCACAAUGUAAACUAUAGGUGAAAUUCAUCUUAGAGCAGAAGACCACUGCAAGACCAUACAGAACACUAUUUUAUGAUAGUGCCACAUGUAGAAAGGGAUUGUACUUCCUAUCCGUGCCAGCUACACGUAGUUCAGUGAGCAGGGCAACCAUGGGCAUGUGCUAGGGAAGUGACCAUGGAGCCAGCAGCUCCAGGCCCUGUGUAAAUGGUAUGGAGGGGCAGUAACUGCUAUUUCAGAUCACAGAUUGAAAGGCAGCUGUGCUGCAGCCUUAUACACCAGCUCCAGGCCCUGCUUGCACUUCUCCGAUGUAAAGUCCAAGAACUCUGGCUUUAAUUUAAUUGCUAACAUGAGAUUUACUUGAAGAGAGCCUUUUACACAAGGAUAAAUUUCACACACUAGGAUUUAGAAUAUCUCUUUCAUAUGAGGUUUGGAAAAAUGCUGGUCAUCAUUCACCUAUCAUUUAGUUUCACCGAUAGUCAAACACAGAGUGUACAUAAUGUAGCUAAUUUGUACCAUAAAUGGAACAGCCCUCCAGAAACAAGGUUAUUAUUAUGGAAGUGUUGUGAACGUGAAAUAUGCAAGUCAGAACAUGUAGAAGUCUGCUUUUCCUUUUUUUUUAAUGGUUAUGUUCAAAGCCAUGAAAAUUGAAACUGAUACAACAAUUUCUGGUUCCGAAAUUUACAAUCCUUCUAUCCUUCCAGGCCUUUUUCUUCAUCCUAUCAUUUUCUCAGAUAUGGCCAAUUCUUUUUUUAUUAAACUCUUCCUCACUGUUGUUUGAAAAAUUAUAAAGAGGAAUGAAAUUAAUUAAUCAACAUUAUUACUGUUCAGAAAAUAUCCUGAUAGUUUAAUUUUUAAAAAGCUUUGAUAACAUGGUCUGGGCUUUAUAAAACUUUUGGAUGAAGACCAAAGUAAUUCCCAGCACCAUGAUUUUUUUUUCAGGGUCUGCAAGUUCAAAAGAUUUUAAAGUUGAAGAGCAUGUUCGUCAGCUGCAGAUGAAUAAUAAAUGUAGAGAUGGUUGGUAAAUCAAACCUGGAGAUCCAGGAAAUGUAUCCCAAUAAACUUUAUAAAAAUACAAAAUCAUGAUGCACCCUGAAUGUUGUUAUAUUUUGCAUUGGCAUAACUGGAGAGUUCUUAUAGUUGGCUGGGAAUAACAGAUUCCCAGCUGUGACUGUUCAUAAAUGGAACAUUUUCCCAAUCUUGGUACAUCUGCAUUCUGCAGCUAGGCAGAUGGAAAAUUGGAAGCUCUUCUCAUCCCUCAAUCCCUGAGCUCCAUAAGGAAGGACUGUCCUGGUUUUGUUGUAUCUUGCUUUUUUUUUUUUUUUUUUUUAUCUAUACAGUGAGAGCUGAAUUCUAAUGCAAUGCCCUCUUUAAAAUUGUUUUACUGCUUAUAUUGGAGGGAUAUUUUUGCAAUGCAGGAAAUGUAAAAAAGAAAAUCUUAUGCUGUUAAAGAUGUGAAAAGCCAAAAGUGUAACAAAUAGAGCAAAACAAUGGAAAUUAAGAUUUUUAUUUAAUUGACCUGACAUUUUUCAAAUAGUUUUCAAACAAUAAAACAUUUAAAACAUGAUCUCUAUUUUGACUUUUGAUUGCCGUUUAACAAUGACAAUGAUUAAUGACAGAGGUAUUUUACUUUUAAUUUGAAUUCAUUGAGAAGUAUAAACAAGAGAAUAGAGAAACACAUUUUAAAUUGUCUAGUUGAUUAUGGCCUCCUUGAGAAUUAUUUCACAGUACGGUCCUGAUCCUGCAAGCUCAUACAUAUGAAUGUGAUUUCAAUGGUCCAGAGGUCCUGCCUAUCUGUGUGCUCAUUGCAGGAUCUGGUCAUAAAUUCCAGUUCUGAUUUAUGAACAUUUUUGAUGCUUUCGACACAGAUAAAUUUAAUGUUGUGUUUAAAAAUUAUCUCUUUGUCAGUUCCCUUUUUCAUACCAGCUUUCCUCUUACCAAAGGAAGGCAGAAACUAUAAAAAUGUUUCAUUUGUUCUCAAGAGAAUAAAAUGUUACUAUACUUCCAAAAAUGCAAGUCCUCCUAAUACUCACUCAUUGUUUCUCUUCUGAUGUUACAUCAAGUACGUCCUGUCCAAAAAUAUCCUCAUUUUAUAAAUGUUUGUGUUUGCAGUUAUUUACAUUAAAUGUAAGGGUAAUACAAACACUUGAUCAGAAUAUUGGGAUGUCUCACAAUUGAGUUCAGGUCAACCCCAGAUCAAAAUUAGGAUAUCUGUUAGUUUGCUGGAGUGACUUCACGGACACACAGUAGAGUGUUAGCACCCUCCGCUGAUUGGAGUUGGAGUUAAGACAGCAUUGGUCCUUGAAACAGGAAAUGUAUUUUCAUGUUAUAUUAGCUAGCACAAUCUGAGAGCGUAUCAUUUAUCAUUUGUCAGUUUUGCUAACACAGUGGAAAAAAUGUAUAUGAGAUUAGUAAUAAUAUUCUACUCAGUAUGAUUCAAGGCCAUGCCAUAUUUUUUAUGAAAAGUGCAAUAUCUCCUUCAUCAUCUCUAAAAUGUAUUAAAUAUUUUAGUCAGUAUUUUCCAGAUAAUUUUAACUCAGCAUUCACAAAUAUGCAUAAAGAUAUUUAGACAUAACUUCACAAAAUGUGACUAGUCACAGUUUCCAAAAGGCUCUAUGUUGUAUAAUUAUUUUUGUUUAUUUGUGUUGAGAUUUACACUGUAUGCAGGUACAUGGUGAAUAUUUUCGAACAUAAAUUGUUGCAUGUACAGCCUGCCCCAAAACAAGGCUCAGUACACUUCUUGCAUUUACUCCCUUACACUGUACCGUGAGGGACAAGAAACCUGAGCUCCACUGGACAAGCUGGGAGUGAAUUCAGAACCAUGAUCAAGAAUGAUAAACCCUAAGUGAUCAGACUUUCAAAUCUAAGAGCUGAUUGCAAAAGAUCUCCGCUAGCUGCCUGACUUCAGUACAACUAGGAUCAGGCCCUGUAGGAAGACAGGAAAGCUCUUGUAUAGCAAGAACCAUAGCCAUAUAGCACCUCUAAAUUAAAAUACUUUGAAUUGCACAUUGAAGCAUACAGCCAGUGCUGUGUUUUUUUUGUUAUAAAUCUGCUCAGCAUCAGCUCUGUGCCUGACCUGCUGUAAUAUGCUCCAUUAUUGCUAAGACCAUCUAAUAAGCAUUCAGCAGCAUUCUGCACUUACUUUAGUUUCUGACUGGUCCACAGUAGUAGUCCCAUAUAGAAUGGAUUGCAAUAAUUCAGACUGGAGGACACAAAGAUCUGGAUAACUGUGACAAGGUCUGCAUCAGGUAGAAACUGUUGUCACUAUCUAGCCAAGCACAAAAGAGAAAUGACAAUCCUGGCCACUGGAAACAUAGGAUCACUCAAGAAACUGGAAGAACCCUGAGACUGCAAAUCUUACUGUCGAGGUUGAGCAGAACCUACAAUAAUGA